AUGACCAGGAAUCUCUUAAUAAUAUUUAUGCUGAGCUUGACUAAGUAUUUGAAUGCUCAAGUUUUAGCUAAAAGUGACUUGGUAGUCUGCGAUGAAUAUGCUGGCAGCUACUAAACUGAUUACAAAGAUGAAAAUAGCCUUGAUUGCACCUAGAAGAUAAUAAUAGCUUUUAAUAUAUACGGAGGUGAGUAAAUGGGAGGUCAGUAUCUCAAAUUCAAUAUCACUAAAGUCAAGAAUACCUCCACCAACUCUUUUGACCAACUAGAGUACCCACUGACUAUAAUGUUUAAAAAGUCUAUUCCAAGAUUUUACUACAACUUAAAGACUUUUUCUUUGAUGCUCAAGAAGCAAUUGUAGAUAGCACUUCAUAUAAUUGCAUAGAUUCAUUUACAGCAUCUUAAACAACUUGUGGCUGGUAGCGAGAUAGUGAAGGAAAUAAAGUUGCUCAUAGCUAGGGAUUUUGCUGUUCUUGUGCUGUUGUACUCUAGUGCGCAUUGUCUUGUGUUUAUCAACCCAUAAUUUUCAGCAUAUUCUUUUGGAUCCCCAUAUAUGGACUAUACAAUUACUGUUUCAACUAUAAUAUAUGAUCCUGAGAGAGAUUAAAAGUAAGACAAUAGUUAUGUUCUCAAUUCAAGCAACAGAAAAAUCUUUAUUCAAGAUGAAUUGAUGAUUGAGAUAGUCGGUGACUUUUUGCCUCUGAAAUAUCCAGAUUACUACUCAGACUAUGUGAUUCUCAUUCCUUCAAUUCCAAACGAUAAUCAUUUGAUUGAUGAUGCCUGUACUUAUUGCCUAAUGGGGAAUGCUUGCUAUCUGCCAGUUGACACAUGUCUUUCGCAGUAAAUAAAGGACCUCAUUUUAAUUGAUGAGAUAAGAAUCAAAGCAGGUCUAAAGCCCCUCUACAGAGUCUCAGCAUUUGACAUUAGUAUAAAUCCUAAGAUUGGACUAGUAUCUAAAUAAGUUGGCUCAACCACAUCAACUGUGCUCAGAAUAGCAAAGACGAAGAUCCACAAUAAUUGGUUCUAAGGAACUGCUGAAACUGGUAUUCUAGAGGUUUAAAUUAAGAAUCCAAUGUAUUUCACUGGUAACGGAGAAAUUUAAAUUUAAGAUUGCUCUGAUGAUGUGGCACUAUUCGGAGGAGCCAGUGUAGCAAUAAGUCUUUUUUAGUGGGAACUCAAAUCAUUCAACUUUACAAUCGGCUCAACUAAUGAUUCAGCUGGCCAAUACAGCUGCUGGGUAGUGGUUACCAAUUCUAAGGGAUAAAAAUGUGACACUAGGAAAAUUUUAUUUGAGACAUCAAGUUUAGAAAGAAUAAACACAGUAGACAAUAGUGCUCGGAUAUUUAAUAAUUCUGACGAUGCUCUGAAAGCCUAUGAUCAAGUAGACUAAUCGAAAUUUCUAAUUAAACUCUCUCGUCAUGGAUUGAGAUAGACAAUGAGGAACCUAAAAAAUACAAAAUAAAACUAAUAAGCUGAGGAAGAGAUCUCUCAGUCAGAUUCAGAAAGUAAACAAGACAGGAAAAUCUCAAAGUUAAUAAUUAGUGAUGUCAUGAAUUUGCUAAAAAUCAAUAAAAAUAUGAAGGAUUGUUAAGAUGAAAGGGAAUAAACUAUAGCAAAUAAAAAAUCUACUUCACUAAAUAAAAUUGAAGAAAAUGAUAAGCGCCAUAAUGAAUUACUAUUUACAUCAGGUGACUCCUCUUCAGAUUCUUCAAAUUAAUACUUUAUUGAAACAUAGCAAGAAUAAUUCAAAUCCAACACCAAUUUGACUUAAGAAAUGAAGAGACAAGAUAAGAAUUAAAAUAAUUAGCAAUAAGAGAAUUUUUAAGACAAUAAAGACUCGUAAAAAUUAGAUGAUCUUAUAUCUCGAGAUGAAAUCAUCUUAGACAUAACCAAGUCGAAAAUCGAUUGUCAAUGGAAAUGUAAACUGGAAGUGACCGAAUCAUUGGACGGCUCCAUAUUUAAUUUCUUGGACUAUGAUUAUUAUAAUAACUUUAAUAAUCUUUCUCAUUUCCUAGAAGUGAGAACCCCCAAGAUUAGAGGGACCUCAGAAAUGUACCCUCAUUUCAAACAUGAGCUAAUAAUUUGUGGUUGA